AUGAGUAGAGCUAUUUCAAGGUCGCAAUUGAAUGUUUUGAUCAAAGAAAUCACCAAGCUGUACCCAUCGAGCUACGCAGACUCGGGCUGGGACAAUACUGGAUUGCUAAUCGAUUGUUCGGUCGCGCAAAGUAGUGUUCAAAGACCCAAAGUUUUGCUUACCAUUGACCUGACUGCUGCAGUCGCGCAGGAAGCCGUGAACCACGGAUGCAACCUGAUUUUGGCUUACCAUCCAUUCAUCUUCCCUAGCUGGAAAAAAAUCAGUCCGUGGUCGAAUCCGCAGCACCAAUCUGCUAUUAAACUGAUCCAACACGGAAUCAGUGUCUACUGUCCCCACACAGCGGUCGACGCUGCCAAAAGCGGCGUCAACGCGUGGCUGGCGAGCUCUUUGGUCCACGAUAUGUCCCUGAUUGAGUCAAGCGUCAGCAUCGAGAAAGUCACGCCAGUGCAGGGCGAGCAGGACUUUGAGGUUGGUUACGGCCGUGUGGUCCAGUUGAAGAACCAAAUUCCGCUGAAAACCGUUAUUGAGUCUUUAAAAGGCUCGUUGGGCAUUCAAACGGUCCAGUGUGCUGUCAAGGAAGGCCUUGACGCGUUCCAAGUGCAGAGCGUGGCCCUGUGUGCGGGAAGCGGCUCUGGGGUGUUCAAGAAUCUAAAAGAAGACGUGGACCUGUAUCUCACGGGUGAGAUGUCGCACCACGAGAUUUUAAGACUACGGGAAAUGGGCAAAGCUGUCAUAGUCUGCAACCAUUCCAAUACCGAGCGUGGCUUCCUCAAAUCAGUGAUGCUAGAACAACUCGAAAAAGCAGGCAUCGGCUGUGUGGUCAGUGCUGAGGAUUGUGACCCGCUGAUAUAUGUGUAG